GACACACUUGUCUUCUCCGUUAAACGAAUCGCUCGUAUAACCAGGUUUGCAGCCACAUUCACCGAUCAGAUGGUUCCAUCUGCCGGUAGACGUGCAGAAUCCAGUUGGUGCUUCACUUUGGGCUGGAAUCGCAUUCGCUACGCACUUGCCUGUGACUUUAACCAUAUCAUCACGAGAGCUCGAGGUGACUGUCACUGGAUAUUUCGUGAAUUUCGUCACCGUCGCAUCACAGACCACAUAGUAUACCUGAAAAUCAUACCAGUAAAACCUUUGACCCCUUAG